AUGAAGGGAGAUGUCCUUCAAGGCCCUGACGAUCUUUGCUUGGGGUGUAUCUGCGAAGCGACUACUAAUUGCAAUCUGACUUUUGGAUGCAGCCGUGGACUUUGUGGCCCGUUCUUAAUUUCGCAACCAUACUGGAAAGACGCCGGUGAACCAACACUUCAAGGAGAUAGUCCGCAACGUGAAGGAGCAUACCUUCGGUGUGUACGAGACCCUUAUUGUGCUGCAGCAACUGUUCGUCAAUAUAUGAAUAAGUUUGCUCAGGACUGCAAUGUUAACGGACAUGUUGAAUGCGAUGAUUUUGCUCGCAUUCACUACUUAGGAGGUUAUCAAUGUAAUCUUCCCAUGGAGUCAUUGUUAUAUUAUCAAGUUUUUCGUCAGUGUUUGAACAGUGUCCAGCAAUUGAAUGGCUAGUUUCAUUUGUUGACCAUAUGACCAUCAUAUUUGCUUGGAAGUUCUUAUUAAGAUGUCAGAAAGGUUUUUGUGCCCUUGAAAAUAUUGAUAGAUACUGUACUUGAAGUAGAUUUAUCUCUCACUAAAAGUGAAUUUUACUACAUGAGUUCAUGUUCAGGGUACUUCUUCACCACAUUCAAGUAUUAAUUCAUUUUUCAUAUUUUGAAGACCUAUUUAUUGACUUGUAUUUUGUACUGUGUGACUGAAAUUUGCCAAGAGAAUGUAAUUUAAUGUUCCCUAAAAAAAAAGUUGAAAUAGAAUAUUGUAUUUAUUUCUAUUAUUAUGUUUUGUCGAUUUAAUAUUGAUUGUCUGAAUUCUUCUUCAAGAAACUCACUAUAUCUUCUAAAUAUAAGUGUAUUAAUAAUUAAGAUUGUCUUGAAAUAAUUUCUGCAUCCCAAAUUAAUUGCUGUAGAGCAGUUUCAAUAUGGGAGGACUGACAUCUCGCCCUAUAGUAAUAUUUAGUGCACUUGGUACAACAAUUGGAGGAGCUUGUGUGAUAAAAUUUGCGGCUGGUGGCCAGUUAUAUGAUAGCAAAAUUAGAGCUGACAACAAGACAAUAAUUAUUACUGGUGCAAAUUGUGGUAUUGGAAAAGAAACUGCCAGAGAAUUGGCACAAAGAGGUGCCAAAGUUAUUAUGGCAUGUCGUGAUUUGCAGAAAUGUGAAACUGCCAGAAAAGAUAUUGUUCUCAAAACGAAAAAUAAGUAUGUGUACUGUAGACAUUUAGAUUUAGCAUCUCAAGAUUGUAUUCGAAGAUUUGUUGAGCAGUUCAACAAAGAGUUUGAUCGACUUGAUGUUCUAAUAAACAAUGCAGGAGUGAUGCGUUGCCCACACAUGAAAACAAAAGAAGGUAUUGAACUUCAGCUAGGAGUAAAUCACAUGGGUCACUUUCUUCUAACAAAUCUUCUCUUGGAAAAAUUGAAGAUUUCAGCUCCUAGUCGGAUUGUUACUGUAUCUAGCAUUGCACACCAACGUGGCACAAUUAACAAAACAGACUUAAACAGUGAAAAGGAGUAUAAGCCAAAUGUAGCAUAUGAGCAAAGUAAACUUGCUAAUGUUCUCUUUAACCUUGAAUUGUCAAAGAGGUUGAAAGACACAGGAGUCACAGCCAAUUGUUUGCAUCCAGGUAUUGUGGAUACAGAAAUAUUUAGGCAUAUGAGUUUUGCCAAAAGCAGCUUUACAGGAUAUAUAUUAAGACCACUUAUUUGGCCAUUUAUUCGCACUCCACUUCAAGGUUCACAAACUACUUUAUUUGCUGCUCUCGAUGAAUCAUUGGAGAAAGUGACAGGGCAGUACUUAGUAGACAGCAAAAUACAUGAACCUUCUGAGCAGGGUAAAGAUACCGAAACUGCUCAAUGGUUGUGGGCUGUAAGUGAAAAAUGGACUAGGUUGACAGACUAACAGAAUAGAACUGAAAAUUAGGUAUUAAUUAGACAGCCAUUGUUAGAAAGGUGGUUAUGUAAAGCUCUGUGAUGUUCAACACACAAAUGUCAUUGAUGUCUAUUCAUUAAAGGAAGGGAUACAAGGGAAUAAAAGAGGAGACAAACAUAUUUUUCUCCUCCUUUGUUUUGUAUUGACUGUCAAUUUAUUUUUUCCUUUCUUAAAAGAAUAAAGAAGUGUGCCUUUAACCUUGAUAGUGUGCACUGAUGUUACAAAUUGACAUUUUGGACUUUUAAUUUUGUAUUGACAGGAAUGUGAAGGGAUGUCACAUCAAUGAAGAUUUAUCUUGGAUGAAUAGUUCAAUAGUUUAUUUGUAGCAAUUUGAAUACAAAAUGGUUAUAAAUGUAAAAAAGGAUUGUAAAUAAACAUUGUUAUAUUAUUGA